CGCUGUCGUUGUCUCCCACAAGAUCCUCGAAACUAGGAGGCAGCGAACUGUUACAUCUGUAUAGCCCUUCUUUUGCGACCUGUCAGAUCAGAUCCUCCAUGCCCAAGUUUGAUUUGGGGGCGCACUAUUGACAACCACAAAACGCCCCCAUUUUCGGCCUCCUGCCCCCUUCUGGCGAUAGCGCCCCUGUCAGCCUCACCGGCUUAAUAACGUCCCGCACGAACUGGUUCAGGGCUCCAUCAGCACGCAGCAACGAACACGAAGCACGCAAAGGGAAAUCGUCCCUGCACGCUGCACGAGAGGGCAGCUGGAGCUGAUUACCCAGUCCGUCAUUUCAUCUGCCCCAGAACCCCAACUCGACAAGACCACCUCGACCUCGCCAUCCUCAUGGCUCGUCCACACUACUCGAACGACGACGAGAUGGCAGAACGCGAGCCUCUCGACAACCAGAAUUACCGCGGGCCUCGCGCUCCCGGGCACGCACAACAGUAUCAAGAUCAAUACCAACAAGCCGUCGAACAGCAGCAAUCACAACAACAACAAUAUUACCAGCAGUCGAGCAGAGGAGCCCGCACUGGCCGCCUGCCUGGCAUGCAUCCAGAUUCCUCCUUCAGCCAAUUGAGAAACAACAGACGAUACAGCCGUGACAGCUCGGCGAGCCUCGGUGACAAUCAACCACCGCCCUACCUGACUACCAACACCCCCGCGGCGAACAAUUAUCGACAGCCGGACCCCGUCUCGCCCAUCUCCCCGCCGCAGCCCCCUCCGCAUCGCAGCGCCGACGGACGGCAAUGGGGCCGGGAGCCUGGCUACCCCCCGCGGUCACAACAACCCCGGCCACAGAGCAACAUCACACCCGGCGCAGACAACUUCAGCGAGGCAGCAGCCGGUGGCAUGGCCGGCAUCGCCUACACCGUCGCCGAGCGAAACGCCCGCGAGAGCGGCCUGGAAGCGAUGCGGGCGCCAACCAACCCACAGCAGGCAUACCACCAGGGCCAGGGCUAUAGCGAGCAAUACGGCGGCGGCCUGCGUGCGUGGGACAACAACCACAACCGGUACUCGUACGGCGAGGCGAACGGCGGCGGCGUCAGCGGCAGCGGCAGCGGCAGCAGCGGCUCUGCGUUGGACCGGAGUUCGCACCCGAGCCUGGCCGGCCUCACGCCGGGGGCCAUACCGCCGGGGCUCUCGACCCCGGGCGCCAGGACGCCGUCGAGGAGCUCGCGCAGCUUCACAAACGACGUCUACACCGAUGACCCCUACCAGAGCUACUCGCGCCCCCAGGACCCGCACCUGGGCGUGGUCAACCCCAACGAGAUCGAGGACGACGGCGAUGAGGGGCUAGAAUAUGGUCGGAGGGGACCAAGGACAUCCAUGCUCAGCCUCGGAGGCUCAAGUCACAGAGGCCGCGACGGUGCUGCCGCGGCGGGCGUGGUGGGCGGUGCCGUGGCGGCAGGCGGGGUGAUGGGUGCCUUGGGAGGGCUGGUCGGUCGGAACAACGGUGGCCGCGGCGGUCACUACGGUCAUUACGGUCCUGUCCACAACGCCAGCACAUCCUACCAAGGCGGUGGCGGCAACGGUGGCGUCAACGCAAGCACGUACGACCUGAGUAGCGCCGGCAUGAGCGCGGAGAAGUCGGACUGGCUGGCCAAGGAGAGGAGGCGAUCCAAGAAGUGGAAGAUCGCCAUAGGCCUCGGCGUAGGGCUCGCGGUGGUGGCGGGGAUCGUGUGCGGGGUGGUGUUCGGGGUGGUGCUCAAGAAGGGCGGGUCCGGGAACAACUCGUCGUCGACGGCGGCGGGCGACACUGCGGCGAACGGGGACCUGGGCAUCAACUCGCCCGAGAUCAAGGCGCUGCUCAACAACCCGAACCUGCACAAGGUGUUCCCGGGCGUCGACUACACUCCGAUCAACACGCAGUACCCGGACUGCAUACACGACCCGCCGUCGCAGAACAACAUCACGCGCGACAUUGCCGUGCUCUCGCAGCUGACCAACACGAUCCGGCUGUACGGCACCGACUGCAACCAGACCGAGAUGGCGCUCCACGCGCUCAAGCGGCUCGAGAUGCAGGACACGGUCAAGCUCUGGAUGGGGGUGUGGCAGGACGACAACACGACGACCAACGAGCGGCAGCUGGACCAGAUGUGGACCAUCCUGGACACGUACGGGCCCAAGCCGUUCAAGGGCGUCAUCGUGGCCAACGAGAUCCUGUUCCGCAACCAGAUGUCGGUGUGGGAGCUGGGCCAGCUGCUGACCACUGUGCGCACCAACCUGACGAAGAAGGGCAUGUCGCUGCCCGUGGCGACGUCGGACCUCGGCGACAAGUGGACGGCGCAGCUGGCGCAGCAGAGCGACUACGUCAUGGCCAACAUCCACCCCUUCUUCGGGGGCAUCAACGCCGACGACGCCGCCGAUUGGACGUACUCGUUCUGGGAGGGCCAUAACGGCGCCUUCUUCAAGUCGGACAAGUCGCGCAACAUCAUCUCCGAGACGGGCUGGCCGUCCCAGGGGGGGACCAACUGCGGCGUCGACGGUGUCACGGACUGCCCCAAGGCCAGCGUCGCGGGCGUGCAGCAGCUAAACCGCUUCAUGGACGACUGGGUGUGCACGGCGCUGUCGAAUGGGACAGAGUACUUCUGGUUCGAGGCCUUUGACGAGCCGUGGAAGAUCAAGUUUGACGAGGAGGGAAAGAACUGGGAGGACCACUGGGGGCUGAUGGACGUGAAUAGGCAGCUGAAGAAGGGUGUCAAGAUCCCCGACUGUGGGGGGAAGACGGUCAGGUGAGGGGGCACAGGGGGACGGAGGGGGGCGCAGGGAAUAUUGGAUGGUGCUGUUGCUCUACAAGGAAGCGUGAUUUCUUCUCUAUAUACCUACCGACCCGGAGGAGAGGGGAAAACGGGCAAGGGAAGGCCCCUUUCAAAGUUUGGAUCUGGCCAUGCUUGUGGGCAGGGCGGCCUCACCGGGCGACUCACGGAGUUUCAAUGGGCGUGGAAGUCAUGAUUUGUUUUAUCGGGUUGCACCUUACCUAUUGUUUAUUGGGUGCAUCUUGCCUCCUCGCUCCUCUCUAGCAGGGCCCGUCUCCUGUGGUCGUGUCUGCUGAGCGAGGGAGGGGCUUGUGCUUCGUGUUUGUUUUGUGUUUUAUGCUUUUUUCGCCUUAACAGGAGACAUGACUUGCCAUCCUCCAUGCUACCAA